AUGUCCAUUUCAUUGAAGGAUAGAGCAAAUAUAAGUAUACAUUUGGCCCUUAUUACUGCAGGGUUUGGCAAAAAUUAAGGCGUUAUUAUAAAUAGAGCAUUAAGAACAAAACAGUAUGACAAUUCUUACAGUUUAAAAGUAGAAGGCUUGAGGUUUUUAAAACUAAAAAACAUAGAACACAAUAAAAGAAAUAUGUAAUACAUCCAGUGCAUGUUGAGGAGAUGCAGCGUAUCGUGA